CAUUUUUUUCUUCUUUUAACUUGGUGUGUAUUUCCUUUUCCAUUCGUUUUUUCUCCACCUUCAUAUUUCCCAAUCUCGCUAGUUCAUUAUGGAUGUAUCUCAAUUAUGUUCUGAUACUUUAAAUCCAGCAUCAUCUCAUAUACCUGCAAAUCAUCAUGUAGACAAUAAUGACAUACCAUUGAAGCAUCCAUCAGCUAAAGUUCGCAAGAUCGACUUUUUGCUUUCUGAUGAUCAAGAACCUACUGCUGCUACUACUGCUACAAAAACAAUAGAACAUCCUGAAUCAAUAACCGACGUGCUUGUUCAGUGUGCAAAACUCUGCAAAGACAUAUGUCAACUAAAGCUUGGGAACAAGUCCAUGACAGAAAAUGAGCGAGAUAGAGUGAUUGAUAAUUUAUCAGAAUCAGCCAAAAUAGUCUACAAGAGUAUUCAAUCCGUUGAUCACUCAACUACCAAUAAUAAAAAACGCCAUUUGUGUUCCACCGUGCAUCAGGAAGAUGAGGAAGAUGAGGAUGAUCUAGAGGACGAAGAUUUAGAUGAGGAAAGCCAGCACCAUACGGUUGUGAAUGAUCAUGCCGAAUACGAACUCAUCCGACAAGCGAGAAACAUUCAGAACAACAAUAGUCAUUUGAGACCGAAAUAUCGUCGAAGAAAUAAACGAAGUAUGAUAGGUCAAAAAUGUCAUUCUUGCAGUACAACAGAAACUCCUGAAUGGAGACGUGGCCCUGAUGGAGCAAGAACGCUUUGCAAUGCAUGUGGCCUGCAUUAUUCUAAGCUAUUAAAAAAGGGAUCCAUUGGCGUACAGACACAAAAUUACUUGAUCACAGGUGGAUCACCUAGAGUGUCAUCAUCUGCAAAUGGCAUUACUGCAAAUGUACUCAGACAAUCAAGCGGGAUAGAACAUGCCAUUAAUUAUCCUUUUGUCCUGAUGGACCCAAAACAAACAUCGUCUGCUAACAAUCCCACCAAGAUCGUAUUUGAAGAGAAACCAUAUACUAAUAACCGCUUGUAUUAUACCCAACCAUCGCUUCAGCGACUACCCUCUUUAUCCUCUAUAGCGAAUAAUAUUGUAAAUAAUAAUGAACCAAAAAAACCUCUUACUAUGGCGACUCCGCUGCGUAUACAUCAAUGGAAACAUCAAGAAUAA